GAUAUGAGCAGUUGGCAAGUCCUACAUAUAUAGUUUCUGAUAGUAGAAAAAACCAUGCCAUCUAUACCAAAUCAGAAUAUGAUGUCAUAAAAAAAAAUGGAUGAUUUUAACGAAUUCAUUCUAUAAAUAACAUCUCAAACCUUUCCAACUCCUCCACAACAUAUAUCUCUCAUACUUAUGGCAUCUUAUACUUCUCCACUACUUCCAUUUCUACUUGUCUUCACAUCCUUACUAGCAUCUGCAUCCGCUGCACAGUACAAUGUGGUCAGUUAUGGAGCUAGAUCGGACGGCAAGACCGACUCAACCAAGGCCUUCAUUGCAGCAUGGAAUCAAGCCUGUGGCUCCAAAGACCCAACCACCAUUUAUGUCCCUAAAGGAAGGUUCUUUCUUGGCAAGGUGGUGUUCAAGGGACCUUGCAAGAACUCUGCAAUUGUUGUUCGUAUGGACGGCACCCUGGUGGCUCCUUCUGAUUAUAAUGUGAUUGGAAAUUCUGGCUACUGGGUCUUCUUUCAGGAUGUCAAAGGAAUCACGGUCUCGGGAGGAACACUCGACGGUCAAGGCAAAACCUUGUGGGCUUGCAAGGCUUCUGGGAAAAAUUGCCCCGUUGGUGCUCCGUCGAUGUACUUUGCGAAUUCAAGCAACAUUGUGGUCAAGGGAUUAACAUCACUCAACAGCCAAUUUUUCCAUAUAGUCAUCGAUGGCUGUCAAAACGCUUGGCUUCAAGGAGUCAAGGUGUCUGCCUCAGGCAAUAGCCCUAACACGGAUGGCAUUCAUGUCCAGUUAUCGAGGAGUGUCACAAUCUUAAAUUCCAGGAUUGCAACCGGCGAUGAUUGUGUCUCCGUUGGUCCUGGUACUACCAACGUUUGGAUCGAGAACAUAGACUGUGGGCCUGGUCAUGGAAUCAGCAUUGGUAGCUUGGGCAAGGGCCUUCAAGAGCCAGGGGUCCAAAAUGUGACAGUUAAAACAGCUACAUUUACUGGGACACGUAAUGGGGUGAGAAUCAAGUCUUGGGGAAGACCCAGUAAUGGUUUUGCCAGGAACAUUGUUUUCCAACAUUGUACCAUGAUCAAUGUCCAAAACCCAAUCCUGAUAGAUCAAAACUACUGCCCUAACAACAAGGACUGUCCUGGACAGGUUUCUGGGGUUAGAAUAAGUGAUGUGACAUACCAGGACAUCCAUGGAUCGUCUGCAACAGAGGUUGCAGUGAAGUUGGAUUGUAGCAAGAACCGUCCAUGCAGUGGUAUUAAAAUUGAAGAUGUGAAGCUUACGUACCAGAACCAACCAGCUGAAGCCUCUUGUGUAAAUGCAGGUGGAACCACUUCUGGUUUAGUUCAACCAGCAAAUUGCUUGUAGGGGACUACUGAGUAUAUUAUUAGAAAUUUAGAAAAUAAUUACCAAGCGAAUGUAGAAAAAACAUUGGGCGUCCUAAUUGAAUGUAAGGACCGAGCCAAUUGUGGAAUAUUGAAAAUUCUAGUCAUUUAUAAGGUGUUGCGAUAGCCUACUGCCUAAGCCUGUGGCUUUCUAUGUCCCAUUCGGGCCUUGCAGGUCUACAAUGAAAGAAAGCCAGUCCCAUUGCUAUUCCUACAGAGUUUGAGUUUAUAGCUUUCAGGCAAUAUAAUGUUGAAACUAGUUCUCUUUGACUGAGAAGUUUUAUACGCUCAAGGAAAAGUAAGACUCUAGUUUUCCUUUUGGACUUUGCUUCGAUGCUUUUGCUAGUUUAAAUUGGUUAAACAUACCACAUCAUGUAGAUGUAAGAAUCUAGAUCCUUUUUUCUACGAAUCUCCAUCGAUACUUUCAAGCAUUCAAGUAAAUGGUUGAUUGAUUCAAUAAGUUUUUUGGCAAGGUAUUCUCAAUUUUAAAUUUUGAAUUGAAUUCACUUGAAACAGUGCAAUUUCCACUGGUAUUCAUUCCAUACAUAACACUAUCUACAAACAAACAAGGCAUUCAUAUAAACUUAAGUCAUUUAGAACACUUAAUAGAAUAUCAAGCAUAUGAACAGUCAAAGCUAAAGCAUAUGCCCAACACAGGAAAGAGGA